AUGAGCCAGGUGAAUGUGGGUCCAUUGCAAGCCGGUCUCAACGCCAUUGCAAGGAGAGCUUGGGUCGGCGGCGUUGGUCUAGUCCAAUCAAUCACGUUUGAAGAAGGUUCUAGGCCUGGGAUGCCUUGGAACGCCAUCCUUGCCGUCACUCACAAUUAUUCCGAUGCCUUAGUCAGCAGGAACAAAUUCACCGUCAUCUACAACUUUGGUUUCUUUACACCACUACCAACUUAUUGGAGCAAGCUGAUCGUUGGUGAAAAGAUCUGGGUUGAUGCUAUUCUCAUUGGCAAGGACAAAGAAACCUCUUUCUUCAUUGCUGAGGUACGUUGCAACUAG